UCAGCAGUAGCAUAAAAGAUAUUUUUCCUCCUUAAAAGAUUUUCCUUUUGCAUACUCCUAGACCGCAGUGCUUAUGGCCAUGUAAAUACUGCCACAAAGAGAUCAGUCAGAGUUUAGGACCCAGAGCCCUGUUUAAGGCUUACGGGAUGUGACAGCUGACUGAAAAUCAAUGAAGUGUGAUUUGCCAAGCGUCAUAAUGAGGGCAAGAUAAGGCUAGAAAGGUCCUGCCUUGCCUUGCCGACUCAACUGUCUGCUUUGACUUUUAGCUAGAUUGUUUAAGUCCCCUGCAAAGAUGAGACCGAUUUGCUAAUGAAAACAGAAGAUCAGAUUUAAAGGAAAAGCCACGGUGGUGCCCAUGCUUUGCCUAGUGCUCAUUGCGCUGUGUCUGAGUCGCUCAGAUGUGAAUGCCUUCAGUUCAGUUGCUGAAAAUGAGGAUGCGCUCCUGAAGCAUUUAUUUGAAGGCUAUCAGAAAUGGGUCCGCCCUGUGGAAAACUCCAACGACACCAUCAAAGUCCUUUUUGGGUUAAAGAUAUCACAGCUUGUGGAUGUGGAUGAGAAGAAUCAGCUGAUGACAACCAACGUAUGGCUGAAACAGGAAUGGAUCGACCACAAGCUCUCCUGGAAUCCAGAUGAAUAUGGUGGGAUCACUGCUAUCCGGGUCCCCUCUGAGUCUCUGUGGCUUCCUGACAUUGUUUUGUUUGAAAAUGCUGAUGGACGUUUUGAGGGAUCCCUGAUGACCAAAGCCAUAGUGAAGUACAAUGGAGUGGUGACCUGGACACCACCGGCCAGUUAUAAGAGCUCCUGCACAAUGGAUGUGACCUUCUUCCCCUUCGACAGGCAGAACUGCUCCAUGAAGUUUGGGUCGUGGACAUAUGAUGGCAAUAUGGUGGACUUGAUUUUAGUGGAUGAAAAUGUAGACAGGAAAGACUUCUUUGAUAAUGGGGAGUGGGAGAUCUUAAACGCCAAAGGUAUGAAAGGCAACAGGAAGGAUGGGCUGUACUCUUACCCGUUUGUCACUUACUCCUUUGUAUUGAGGCGCCUUCCAUUGUUUUACACUCUUUUCUUAAUAAUCCCUUGUCUGGGAUUGUCUUUUCUAACUGUCCUGGUGUUUUACCUACCUUCAGAUGAAGGUGAAAAGCUUUCAUUGUCAACGUCUGUUCUAGUCUCCCUCACUGUUUUCCUUUUAGUGAUUGAGGAAAUAAUCCCUUCUUCUUCCAAAGUCAUCCCUCUGAUCGGUGAGUAUCUGCUCUUCAUCAUGAUUUUUGUGACCCUCUCUAUCAUCGUGACUGUGUUUGUUAUCAAUGUCCACCACCGAUCCUCAGCAACUUACCAUCCCAUGGCACCCUGGGUUAAAAGGCUCUUUCUCCAGAAGUUGCCUCGUCUGCUCUGCAUGAGGGCCCAUGUAGAUCGCUACUUGUUCUCAGAGACUGAAGAAAAGGGAACCACCUCAAAAUCAAAGUUUCUGGGGAAGCAGAAAUACAAGCAAGCAAAAGAUGGAGAAAAAAUUGUUAUUGCCUUUCUGGAAAAGGCAGCUGACUCCAUUCGAUACAUUUCCAGGCACGUUAAAAAGGAGCAUUUCAUCAGACAGGUUGUACAAGACUGGAAGUUUGUAGCUCAAGUCCUGGAUCGGAUUUUCCUGUGGUUGUUUCUGGUGGUGUCAGUGACAGGUUCAGUUCUCAUCUUUACCCCUGCAUUACGGAUGUGGUUGAACAACUCUUUGUAGAAAACACUCCCUCAGUAACAUACAACAAGUAUGAUGCCAAGGGACGGUGGUGCCUUGGAGCUUGGUCUCUGCUGUACAAGUGGGGAAGCAGCAGCAAGAAUGAAGGAAAGUGAUGGUAACAGUGGGCAUUUAUUAGUGCUUUCAAUCUUAAUUAUAACUCUACCAGUUACAGAUUUUGCUGAAAUCAGAGAAGAGCUUGGUGCACAGCCAAGGCCUAAAAUUAAGUGGGGUGGCACAACUGGGUUAUCAUUAUUUUAUUGUUAGCUUGGUUGUAUUACUAUAAAAGCCAAGAUGAUUAGUUAAAAUUGGAAAUAAAAGGUGUUGCACAAUCAUUAUAUUUAAAAGGCAGAUCUGCAGUUAAAAUGCUACGUUGUAAAAGAAGUUACAGUAGGAACACAGAUCUCUACUCAGUUUAUAUGUGUUUCCAAUUAAAAAGCCGUGUAAGUGUCUACAGAUUGCUUUAUGCAUGUGUCAGAACUGGCAAUUGCAUAGCAUGUUAAUCAGAAAAAAUAUAAAUUCUUCUUUGAUGGGAUGCUCAAAACCUUGACUGUCUAGCCUCAUCUUGCUGUAGGAUCAGCCCGACAGGGGCAGAACCUACCCCUGCCCACCUGCUACCAGACUUUAUGGCAUGCACACUUUGUCUCUCACCUCAGCCAUCAGGAAGCUACAAGUUAUUGCCCACUUUUCAGUAUUAUUUGCAAUUUUGCUUGCUGCUCUGUAGCGUACCAGAAGGCUGAAAAAGUGAGGAUUUUUCCUCAUGCUCCACACAUAAAAACUAAUAUUCCUUCACCUGCUUGUUCACAAGUGGAAGAUCACCUAAGUGAGGGUGGCUGUGCUAUCCCAUAAGGUGACAGUGAUAUUUCUGAAAUGUUCAGCUGGAGGGAAGCUGCAGACAUCUCUUUUAGCAGAUGAAAGUUUUGGUUGUUGCAGGAGUGGGGUUUCUCUUGAGAGCUAUGGGGUGGGCUGGUCACCAGGAAGAUAGAUUUUUAGAUGUUGGCUUGUCCAUGUUUCCUACACAAUUCAGAAUUUCAGUCCUUUGAUUAAUGUAUUGUGGGAUCCUUUUGCAUUAUUAGAAGCAGCUCUUAAGAGUGCUAAAUAAGUAAGAUGUGACAGAAAACACCCAGGUGAAACUCUUGAACACAAGAAUAAAGCUGUCACUACUUUUGCUAGGGUGGUGUUUUCUAACAUGGCAUGCUUUAGAAAAUCCCAUUCAGAACUUGCAAAUAUUUUCAGGGUUAGCGAGAGAUUUGGAGAUCCAAUUUUUGACAAUCUAAAUAUGUGUUAAAGUUUUAGCUAGCCUUGAAACUGUUUCUCUAGAGAUGGAAGUUAUAAACUGUUAAAAAUACAUAGAGGUGUUCUUGUGCUUGGAUUGUGCAUGCACAUCAGACCUUCAUGAGUUAAUGUAAUCCCAUCAUGUUGCGUCAAUGAAAACUUCUGUUUAAUUGUGUAAUUAUUAUUAAUAAAGAUGUAUUUAGUAAA